CUGUACUUUCGUGCUGCAGUUUACUGACUUGCAGUUUCAUCUUGAAUCUUGUAGUACCGCUUUUCGUGUCAUAUGGGGUCCUAAUUUUGUAAACAGACAAAGACGUAACUUAAAAUUGAGGACGUGUGGUGCAUGUAAGACUGUACUUUUGUAAUCAAAACAGCUUCCACAGAAUGCUGCUAAACCAGCAAAAACGGGUACUGAAAUCAGCACAUCUUAACCUCUUGAGCCUCACAAGCCGUUUCUGUCAGAGUUACAGUCAUGUCCAAGUGAGACUGUACAGCAGCCCUGUUCCUCAGAAGAUACCAAGGAGGGUUGUGAUUACUGGGAUAGGCCUGGUAUCUCCCCUUGGAGUUGGCAACGCUUUGCCGUGGAACCACUUGAUAAACGGGGAAAGUGGAAUUGUAAAUCUAAAGACUGAUGAUUAUAAAAAUGUGCCUUGCAAAGUGGCAGCUUGUGUGCCAAGAGGAGAUGGAGUAGGUGAGUUCAAGGAGGAGAUGUUUGUGUCCAAAGCGGAUAUAAAGGCCAUGUCCCCGGCAACAAUCAUGGCCCUAGCGGCGGCAGAGCUGGCAUUGAAAGACUCAGGAUGGUACCCCCAGAGUGAGCUCGACCAGUUAACCAGUGGAGUGGCAGUGGGCAUGGGAAUGGUCCCGCUGGAGGAUAUUGCAGAAACAGCUAUAAUGUUCAAGACCAAAGGCUACAACAAAGUCAGUCCUUUUUUUGUGCCCCGGAUACUAGUCAACAUGGCUGCAGGCCAGAUCAGCAUCAAAUACAAGCUCAAAGGCCCCAAUCAUGCCGUGUCGACUGCCUGCACCACAGGGGCACAUGCUGUUGGGGAUGCAUCCAGGUUUAUUGCCCAUGGCGAUGCAGCAGUGAUGAUUGCGGGAGGGACAGAAGCCUGCAUUGGUCCGCUGUCCAUUGCUGGCUUUGCCAGAGCCCGUGCACUGAGCACCAGCUGUAACUCAACACCUAAACUUGCAUCUCGCCCCUUCCACCCGGAGAGAGAUGGGUUUGUGAUGGGAGAAGGGGCUGCACUGUUAAUACUCGAGGAAUACCAGCAUGCUGUAGACAGGGGAGCCAGGAUCUAUGCAGAAGUGCUGGGUUAUGGACUUUCUGGUGAUGCCAGUCACAUGACAGCACCAAGCUCUGAUGGAGAUGGGGCAUUUAGGUGCAUGUCUGCUGCUAUUAAAGAUGCUGGCAUACAUCCUGAAGAGGUAACCUACAUAAAUGCACAUGCAACAUCCACUCCACUAGGGGAUGCUGCUGAGAACCAAGCUAUCAAGAGACUUUUCCAAAGGAAUUCCCACUCAUUGGCAGUUUCCUCCACCAAGGGAGCAACAGGGCACCUUCUGGGAGCCGCGGGGGCUUUAGAGGCUGCCUUCACUGCCCUGGCGUGCUACCAUGGUACACUACCCCCUACUCUCAAUCUUGACAGGACAGACCCUGGGUUUGACCUGAAUUACGUUCCGUGCACGGCCCAGGAGUGGAAGUCUGCCAGCAGACGGAUAGCACUUACCAACUCAUUUGGAUUUGGGGGCACUAAUGCAACACUCUGUUUUUCCAGUAUGGUCUUGUAGAAUUUGAGAGUGCUUAAGAAACCUUAUAUUAUACUUUAGUUUUACAGGUGUUUAGCUAAAUUUCAUUGCUCCAAAUGACACAUCUAACAAAAUAACAACCCCAAAAGAUAGUCUAGAUUGCAUUUAACAAUUCAGUAAAUUCUGGUAAGAUAAUGUAAUUGGAAUAUAUCCACAUACAUUGUUGAGGUUGGGUUAUAAAUACUAUUAAAUACUAUUUUCACAUGCA